AUGGAUUGCCAGGACGUGAUCCCCUCGGCUUUCGUACCCCAGCGGUUGAAGGUAGUGGUUAUCGGGGCAGGUAUAUCUGGAAUCCAAUUCGCCCAUGAAGUGACGACACGAAUGUCCGAUAUCGAGCUCGAAAUCUACGAAAAGAACCCUAAAGUAGGCGGAACUUGGUACGAGAAUCGAUAUCCAGGAUGCGCAUGCGACGUACCCGCACAUGGAUACCAGUAUAGCUGGGCUCCUAAUCCAUGCUGGUCGAAGGCUUACGCGCCCGCUCACGAGAUCCACGCCUAUCUAGAAUCUGUCGUUGACAAGCAUGACCUUCGAAAGUUUAUCCGGUUUAAUCAGCGCUGCGUUUCGGCGGUAUGGAAUGAGGAGAGUUCGCAGUGGACUACGGCGUUUCGAGAUGAGAGAUCCGACGAGGAGACUGUUGUUAGGUCUGAUGUGUUGAUUUAUGCUGUGGGGAGAUUGAAUGACUAUCAGACUCCGUCGUUCGAGGGUCAAGAUGAAUUCAAAGGUCGAGUGUUUCAUACAGCGGCGUGGCCAGAGGACGUGGAUGUUCGUGGGAAGCGGAUUGCUGUGCUUGGGAAUGGGGCGAGUGGGAUUCAAUGUGUGUCUGCUCUUCAGGAUGAAGCUCUGGGGCUUCUCAAUUUCGCGCCACACCCGACGUGGCUUGGGCCUGAGCCUUUCGUUGAGAAUCGUGAAUAUGACGAGCAAGAAAAGCUCAAGUUUCGUAGAAACCCCAAGGCCUACCAUGGCUUUCGAAUGGGUCUAGAAAAGGCUAUGUUACCAGCCUUUGCAUUUCUCUGGAAGGAUACGCCCCCAAGCAGAAAUCUUCGUUCUCGUGCGGGAUCCUACGUGGAAUCCAAGGUUGAGGAUCCGGAAUUGCAACAGAAACUGACCCCAGACUAUACCCCCGGAUGCCGUCGCUGGGCCCCCGGCGAACAAUACAUAACUGCAGUACAACAGCCACAUGUCCAUUUAAUAGAAGAUCAUGUAGCUGCUCUCACAGAGAAUGGAUUACGCACUGAGGAAGGGGAUGAAUAUGAAUGCGACAUGGUCGUCUGCGCAACAGGAUUCAGUCUUUACAACCCGCGAGUUCCUGUCGUCGGACGCAACGGUAUUACUCUCUCCGAUUGCUGGGGGACAGAUGGCCCAUGUGAGAGUUAUAUGGCAGUGAUGGUAGCAUAUUUUCCGAAUUUAUUUGCAUUCCAUCCACCCAACUGCCCGGUAAACGGUUCCGCAUUCCCCGGUAUCGAACGAACAGCAGAUUAUAUCGUUAGAGUCAUUCACCGUCUUCAAACCGAUCGUCUCCGGUCCGUGAGCGUACGACCCGAAGCCCAACGGGACUUCAACAGAUGGGUCCAAUCUCAGAUGUCGAACAUGGUGUGGUCUGAUUCGUGCGAUUCGUGGUAUGGGAAGAUUAUUGUUCCCUGGCCUGGAACUACCAAUCACUACUAUGCUGCUACGGCGAUCAUACGCUGGGAAGACUUUGACUUGGAGUUCAAGGAUCCGACACAGAAAUAUAUGAGCUUUGGGAAUGGAGUGACGAAAGAUGGCUUCAAGUCGGACUCGAUACCUUGGGUGCAACCACCGGGCUAUUUAAACUGA